AACUCAGCGCGCGCUGUUUGCGUUUGCGCGAAGUUCUAAAUAAUAAAUAUUGCAAUUUCCAAUUUGCAAAUUCCAAACACACCAGACGAAAAAUUAUAUUAAUUAUUUGUUCUAUAAUCAGUGUUAAAUUAAGAUUGUUAUGCAUAAACCUACAAUAUUGCCUUCUCUUUAAUUAAUCAUAACCACAUUUUACCAACUUUAAUGUAAACCAUUUGCCUGAUCAUUGCUUCUUAGUGAUAACGAUACAAGUCAAUAAUUCGCUUGUAUAUUAAUUAUAAAUGGCUAAACAAGUAGCAGAAGUUGAAAUCCACGCGAUUGAUUCGCUUAAGAAUGAUGCUGAUGAUCUAGACAUAAGCGUUGAUUUAAUCGAUGAUGGACUUUUCUUGGGUAACCUAGCAUGUGCCAGAGACCACAAGACACUUGAGAAGCUAAAGAUAACACACAUUCUUACAUUGGACCUUGUUCCUCUUCCCCGAACAGUACUUGACCGUCACACCUUUACCUUCAAGUUUGUGAAAUUGGCUGAUAUACCAAAAGAAGAUUUGAUUACUCAACUACCAACCUGCAAUGAGUUUAUCAAAGAGGCUAUUACAAAUGGAGGGACUGUGCUUGUACAUUGCUACUUUGGUGUAUCAAGAUCGGCAGCCAUUGUUAUUGGGUACAUUAUGGAGAAAUAUUCUCUUUGCUAUGAAGAUGCUUUUGUCCUUGUGAAAAGCAAGCGGAGGUUCAUUGGACCAAAUGUGGGGUUUGUAGCUCAACUGAAGUUAUUUGGACAUAUGGGAUAUCAGUUAAACAGGGAUGAUCCAAGGUUUAAGCAGUUCAGAUUGAAAAUGGCAGGACAGAAAUUAAAACAAGUAAAAAUCCUGCCGCAGCUAUUCGCGGAUUUGGUGAAGCCGGAUCCAGGUCUUGUAAGGGAGCGGCCGGAUCCCAUUGUGUACAGGUGUAAAAAAUGUCGCCGAAUCGUGGCCGGACAAAGCAAUAUUAUACCGCACAUACCCAAACAGGUAAAAAUAGAAUUAGCCAAAAAGGGAAUGCGGCCUCCUCCCAGUACUCUAACAGGACUCACGUGUGCCGAGAAUGGGCAACUGCUGAUUGACAAACUUAAGAGCCUCGCUUGUCAGAUCAUUGAGGAAAAAGAUUGUGGGGUCACAGUGCAUGAUGAUGGACCGAGCCAGGUGCUGGACGGAUAUAAUGAGGAGAAUAUGGUAGAUGCAUGCAUAACACGCGCGGAUGCAGUAGAGGCGUGUCGCUUGAUGUGGUUUGUGGAGCCCAUGGCCUGGAUGCCAGAUGUCACGCGGGCACCAUCUGGGAAGUUGCACUGCCCUAAGUGUAAUAAUAAGAUCGGGAGCUUCAGCUGGCUUAUGGGAUGUAAGUGCCCAUGCGGACAAAAGGUGGCGCCAGCGUUUUACUUAGUCCCAUCAAAGGUAGAAUGGUCUAAUAUCGUGCAAAAUGUUCAGGUCACCCUUUAAAUUACAACUUAAAAUCUAGUCAACGGAAAAGAUUGGUUAUGUAGGCACCGCAAGCGUGGCGUUGAACAUAAUAGAUGCGUAUUUAUUAAAGUAUUCUAGUACAAAAUUCGACCAAUGACCUAUUAUAAUUUGUAUAUAGGUAUCUUAAAUCCAGAGACAAGUUUGCCAUAUUUUAUCUCUGCGUGUCGAAAAUAGCUUACAAUUUGGUCAAGAAUGUUAUUUAAAUAAUGUACGUAUGUUCGUCCGUUUAUUUCUACCAACCAACAGAGCAUAUUGUAUUGAAAACUUGAUCAGCGCUCCGUGGAUGUAUUUGGAACUAAACCUAAGAACAAACACUCAAA